AUGGUGGAUGCCGACGAAGCUCAACUGAACGGCGUCGAAGAGGUUUUUGCCUCCUCUAUCGGUGGAGCCAAGCCUGUUGGCUUGAGGUGCUACUUCCACGUGUUGGCAAAGGUUCACGAAAAGACUCGUGCACUUGAGCCUUUGCUUGAUGCUCGAGUAAUGCGCGACAUCGCCGACCUGCACUUCACUGCUACUGCGGGCGCGUAUUCUGAAAAGAAGGCGAAGCUUUUGUCAGACUGGGAGGGAGACACCAGGCUCACGGCCUUUACUGUUACUUCCAGAAGCAGUCGAUCCCGUUUGGCAUUCUUGCUGAAUGACGCACCUUCGACAUCAGAAGACCAUGUGUACGUGGCUUCGGAGCUUUGCGAUCAAGUGUACGACCCACAAGCUCGACGCACCAGCGAGUCAUUACCUGUCACGUCCCGCCUCAGCGUCCAGACAGCGCGUGCUGAAGUGCGCGGCACGCCAGGUGAAGGCUGGCGCGUCGAUGUGUUGUGCCGGUGUUGUCCUUGCAACUAUUACCUGAAGUUAGGCGUGUGCACACACCUUGUGUUCGCUCUGCAUGUGCGUGGUUUGCUGGAUCUAUCAAAGCGCAAGAAGCUAGACUAUCGUCGCUCGAACAAUGCUCUUCGUGCUCAAAGCGAGCGUCAACUAGCAGGAAGGCCUAUUGGCAACAGCACAGCAUUGAACAAAGAAUAA